AUGCGAGAGUUGACUCCUGAAAGUGGAAAGGAAACCACCUGGCUAUCUCCUGUCUUUGCCGCUCUCCUUUCUGAUAAGGAGGGCUCUGUGAAUGGGAGGGAGCAGCAUGCUUGUCCAUACUGUGGGCAAGGAGGGAUGGAUGGUAGGAGAGUCAUUUUAUUUCUUCCAGUGUUGGAGGCUAGGAAAUGGAAGAGCAUUGUGCCAGCAUCUUUCGAGGCUCUUGCUAUGUUAUACAUGAUGGUUGUUACUGAUGCCCUGCACAGACAGAGGUCUGUAAAGUGGCAAGCAGGACUCUGCUACAACAGAGGAAAGGAUUUUGCUAUAUCUCUUGUCAGGCCCAAUGCUGCAGAGGGGAUUGGUAAUGUACUUCAUUUAAUAAUAGUGUUUUAAGAGAUAACAUUAUUUCAUCCUGUGGGGUAGAUAUGACCAUCUUCAUCUCACAGAUGAAAAGAGACAAACCUGGGAUUCAGAGGUACUUGCCUGUGAGUUUCUUACAGAUUUCAUCUUACAAUCCAGGAAUCCUGAUUCUUGGGUUAGUCUCCUUUGCUAUAUGGGAUGUUAGGCAUGGCAAUAAAAGAUCUAAAAACUGGUUAUUUGAUGCUUGGACAAAGGCUUGGGGCAUGGGCUUUGACCUAAUGAAGUAGUCAAUUCUAGUCUAAUAUUUUAAAUGAUUUAAAAUGAUUCCAGUUUAUAAGCCCCAUUCACUGUCUUCUAAGAUGUGGAUACACAUUCCAACCUUCCUUAGCUCAAAUGUGGACAAAACAAGAGAUUACAUGUGUUGAUACUUUGUGAGUCAUAGAAAAUUCACAUAUACAUAGGCAGGGUGGUUCUGUAAUUAACCAAAUCUUCAGAGGUCCAAAGUUAACAGUAUCGACCAUUCAUAAUUUAGCCAUAAACUCAGACAUUUUAAAAGCCUUGUGAAAAUAGAAGUAUACUUUUCAAAUGUUACAGACUGCAAACACCAGUGUUCUAUUGCCUAGAACAAGCGUAGCUUGUGAAUCAUCACAAGGCCUUGCACAAAGGAAGUCUAAUGAGUAUUUGUAGAUUGAAUUUAAUGAAUGAAGGCACAAACCCCUUGGCUCUCUUCCUGGGUUUCAUGAAAUCUUAUUAAACACAUUUUAUUUCGAGAGCUUGGUUAUUUACUUUUGUCUUCCAGCAGAUUGAAUAUAAGUGACUUGGAAAAGGAAGACUAGUUGCUGGAAACACCUAAAAUGUCAAUAGAAGACUUGACAGCUUGAGAACAGAGGAAAAAAUAAAAGCAAACAGACAAAAACAACCUUACCUCCCCCACAAUAUAACAUUGGGUUGCUGAGCCAACAAAAAUCUAAAAUCAGUUUAGGAUCCUCUGUUUAACUCAUCAGAGAAAUGCACAAAAUAUUCUAGAAAGGCUUGCACCUACAAAGAUUACUUAAGAAUGCAAUGACACAUUCAGAGGAGUUAAGUUACCAGUUAUCAUUUACUAGAAGGCUUUUUCUAUAAAAAUGUAUGGAAGAGGUUCCUCUGAGCAUUCAACUGGGCUUCUUCAUAGGGUAUGUGUACUACUUGGGGCUAUGGAAGACCAUGUCCUAGAAGCCCUGUGUCCCUGAGGCACACCUAUGUGUGCUGUCUCUCUGGCAUAUUUUCCAACAAGUGUUCUUUUCUAGUCUAUAUAUUCUGAUUAAUUUGUAAUCAGAGGCAAUGCAAAAAGCAUUCUUUUUAAAUCCUAAUCUCCAUAAGCUCCAUUAUGGUACAGCUGUCAGAAAGCACUUGCUCUGAAGAUUUUCUUUACCAUCAACUCUUAGAGCAAAUUGUAUAGAUCUGCCACUGUCUAUUCUGGUUUCAAGAUUUGGUCUUACAUCCUUUCUUUUCCUUUUGUGGUAAACAAAAGACAAAAAGAAAUAAGCAAAAAAAAAAAAUGGAAA